CAAUAAUGGAUUGAUAGUCAGGAAACAGUGAAAGCGCUCGCUGCCUUAAUUCAAGGACGUGACCCGCUUGGGGAAAUUGGAAAGAGAGACAUCUGCAUCUCAGUCAAAUCAAAUUCAUAUGUGUGUUAUGUUUUGGCGAUACCACCUAAUACAAAUUGAAAUGCGAAUGGUGAACCGAAAGGAAGAGAAAGAACACAAUUUCCCAACACCGCGAGGGAUUUUGAGAAGUCUUAAUAGUAAUACAGAUCGAACAUAUUGACAUAUUGGAGUUUGUACAUCCUUCGUUAGAGGAUCACAGACAUGGCAAACCCGACGGUAACCAUAGCAACGAACUCCACAAUAAUCCCUAUCGCCGAAACGCAACCAUUUGACUCCACAGUGAGAUCUAUAUCCACUUUCCUGCUGAUUAUCAUCAUUCUGCUUACCCUUCUCGGCAACUCGCUCGUCAUCCGGGCGUUUAUUUCUUUCCGGAAGUUACGCAACGUUACCAAUUACUUGGUUGUGUCCUUAGCAGUAACAGAUAUCCUAGUCGCCAUGUUUUCCAUGCCGGUCUGGGCGGCAUAUCUGUUAACAGGGCCACCAUGGAUUUUCUCCUUGUGGCUAAAGAAGAUCUGGCAGUCGAUGGACAUUUUAUGCAGUGUGGCCUCCAUCUCACAUCUUCUACUUAUCAGCAUAGAGCGCUACAUCUGCAUCUCUUCUCCGCUGACGUACCACAGUAUUGUGACCACGCCCAAGACACGUGUAGCAAUUUGUGCAGCGUGGUCCUUCGCGCUGACUAUGACCAUCAUCAAACUGGUCACCUGGGAUAUGUCAUUCUCAGCAGCUUACCAGUUGACAGCGUUUUCACUCUGUUUUGCCGCGCCUGUUUUUAUCAUGAGUUACGCCUACAUUAUGAUUUUCAGAGUUUCUCGUACACAGGCGAAGAAAAUGCUACUCAAGAUUGGAGAAAAAACCAAAAGGUUCUGCCUCCCAAAAGAGCUGAAGGCUGCCAAGACGCUAGGAGUGGUAAUGGGGGCUUUUGUGCUCUGUUGGUUCCCAUUCUUCUUUCUAAAUUUCUUUAACGCUCUUUGUCGUACAUGUCCUAUUCAAGUAGGAGCUGUAAUGGUGGCUAAAGCGCUUCACUAUUUUAAUUCAGUUCUCAACCCAAUCAUCUACGGUCUAAUGAACAAACAGUUCAAGACUGCCUUUAGACAUCUCUUCACCUCAACAUACUCUAGCGUGACGGGAAAGGCACAGCCCGUGACAAGGUCAGAUAUCGAGAGGCAACUAUCCAGCAUCAAAAGUUGGGGGUUAACUUCUCUAAAAAUCAGAUCAUCAACUCAAGAUAAAGGAAACGCUGCAACGACGGAACUAUGUAAUUACCUAGAAAAAAGUACAGGGACAAGUUUGUGAAACUUUUACCCGAAAGUACAUGUAUACUUGUAUCUAUUAUAGUAUUUUUGGGUUGAAUCAGUGUA